AUGGUCGUCGUCUCCCGAGAAAAAAUGCGCAGAGAGGAUUGCAGCCGAGCCGAGCCACAUCGGCAUCGCCUCCCUCCUCUACCCCGCCACCCUGAUGCAUCAAAUGACCUUUGCGCCGGCAUCGACCGUCCGCAGCCACAUCCACCACUGUACUUUGCACGGCCGCCUACAACUUGUGGCGCACCACUAGCCCAUCGCCGCCAGACUGGCAGCUCACGGCUGAGACCAGUGGGACGGGGUGACGUUGUAGACCGUGUAGCCGCUGAACUGCGCCAUACAGGCAUGAAGCCACUGCUGUCUCGUCGACCGUCUGCACCGUUCACCAACUCAUCCAGAGCGGAGGCAUGCUCAGCAGAAAUUUCUCCAGGAGCUGCUGACGCUGCCGCCACCGUGGACGCGCUAAACUGCCGAGCGGCAUUGGACGAGCAGCCGCCAGUAACAGCUGAGCGUGCCCCGUCAACGUCAUCACCGCUGUCGUUGCCUUACGCACAGCCUGCAAAUCCUGCAUACGUGACGCCGCCGUUCAAACCACAUCCUCCUCCCUCACCACCAUCGCCAUCGCCAGCAGAGGACAGUCUGCCUCGUCGAUAUCGCACGACCGCCAUACAGUUUAUCAAAGCUAUAGCGCGGCUAAACCACAUGACUUCCACGACGUGCAGCGCGGAUGCCACUUCAUUCUUCGCCCUGACUGAGGAGAGGACAGCGAGCGGCAAAGUCGGCAUGCGAAAAAUGGCGCGUGUACCUCUGCUGCCCCUCACACUCUGCACGGACGGAGCGACCGUAAUACUUGUGGAUCCCAAUGGCACAGAACGACACGGCAACUACUUGAAAGCCGUUGACGGGUUCCACCGGUGCUCAGCAGCGUUCACAAGCGCCGCCUCGAGUCACGGCAGCGCCGCACACUCUGUAUCACCACAUCCUUCCUCAAGCGUGCUGUGGUGGGCCUUGAAUGACCUGCAGCGGACGCCUUGUGCAGUACCACUCUUCACGGCGCGCGCGUCCCUCUCCGUGGAGCACCCUAUCCGCGCCCGCGAUAGCGCGAACGAAGAUCUGAGCUUCGCUCAGCUGAGGCCCAUGCACGCUCUCGGACACGAGACAUCAUCAACCAUGCGGCCCGAAAAGAGGACGGCGACGCUCGCCGCCAUUCAACCGAGUCGGCUCACCCUUCGCUACGGAGAGCCGCUCGUGCUGGUUUUCGCCAGCGCCACUGCACGAGUCGUGGACGAAGCACCGCUGCACCGCAUCAGGGACGGCAAGGUUGGGGUGGGGGCGGCCGCGGAUGUGCCUCCAUGGCCCGCUACUAAUGAGCCAGCUAGCCAGCGAGAAGGCUCUUCCCAGGUCGGUGACAACCUUCUGUGCGACAUAUACCACGGCUACCUGCCAUCGUUUCUCGAGCUCCUCUACCCAAACGGAGGCAUCAUGCUGCGUGGGUGUUGGUGUGAUGUAUCAACCAGUGCUGCGGAUGAACCGAUGGCACCGUCCAUAAAACCGUUUUCCGAGCAACAGCAGCAGGUUUCACGAGCAACGGUAUUGCUAGGGGAUGUUGGCGGUGGAGCUGCGUCGCGUUCCUCGUCUGGUUCUCCCACGUCACGAGGUACACAGGGAUUGCUUGUCACAAGGGUGCCGAUGCCACUCCUCGACUGGUCACCACAGUCCACCGGCGCGGUGCCCAUCGCGCGCAGUGACGACGACGCCAGUACCGCUGAUGGAGAAACGCCCAUGCAGUCCUUUCGAUCAACCGCCCUGCCUCCACCACGGCGCUCGCCAGCCACAAACACUGCAGUCAACCGUGGUGCGGCCACGUGCAAGCAGACAACGUUGCCAGACGCUAUCUUGCAGCUUCCGCCUGCUGUGCUGCGCUUCCUAGCACAGAAUGUCGACAGGGCGAGUGCGGCCUCGGCCAUCACCCCAGGCGGUCCUCGCGCUUAUCCGUCGUCAUCACCGCUGCCCCCUUCUCAGCCUACGGCGCCGGCAGCAGCACCGUCCUCGCGGCUUACCCUGCGUCGCGUCGAAAGCCAGAGCAAACCGGAUAUGUGCGCCACUGACUUUAGCGCCGAUGGACCUGCGCCUGCCGCCUACGACCUCGACUCUUACCGUGUGCAUGUCGGCGGGGACUGUCGUGGCAUCCAUGAAAGCAACCUUCAAGGGCCGCAGCUGCAACAGCAGCGGAAAACUCGCAACGGCUUUGGUCUCGUCUACGUGAGUGCGUUGCUUAACACGCCAUCUCAGCCACCGCCACAGAUGGACAUGGCUGGAAAGCCGUCAGUCGCGUGCGAGUCUGUUGUGGUGCUCACACCAGCUGGACAUGUCGAGCUGGUGGUGCCUGCGACAUCCCACGCUGCUGCUCGACCUAUCACGGUCACCGAUGUACAGUAUAGUCUCUUGCACAGCGCGGUCGGCUGCUCCUUGCACCUUUGCGACGAGGAAGUCGCCUUCACUUACGCCCCAGGCACCCCCGAUCUCCACGGAACGACAGUGUUGGACGCGGUACACGUGGUGCUGCGGCUACAACGACGCGCCUCACGCGCACAUCUCGAGGCCGCGAAGCAGCAGGUACAAGGGAUGGGAAGGGGGUGA